AUGACAGGGCUAAGUACUUCAAUCGUAGCCCAUUUACUGCCCACUGAUCCAGCAUGUCCUCCGAUAAAACAGAAGCUGAGAGAAUACAAGCCCGAGAUGAGUCUGAAAAUCAAAGAAGAAGUAUCAAAGCAAUUAGAUGCUGGGAUACUCCAAGUGACAGAAUACCCAACUUGGCUUGCAAAUGUCGUUCCAUUGCCCAAGAAAGACGGCAAGGUCAGAGUUUGCGUGGAUUACCGAGAUCUCAAUAAAUCUAGCCCUAAAGAUAACUUUCCCUUACCAAACAUACACAUACUGAUUGACAAUUGUGCUAAGCAUGAAACUCAGUCAUUUGUGGAUUGCUUUGCCGGCUAUCAUCAAAUUGAGAUGCACAAAGAGGACGCUGAGAAAACUGCCUUCAUCACGCCGUGGGGCGUCUAUAACUACAAGGUGAUGCCUUUUGGAUUAAAGAACGCUGGGGCUACGCUACGCAAGUACAAUCUGAAACUGAAUCCGGCAAAAUGUGUCUUUGGUGUGCCUGCUGGAAAGCUUUUAGGUUUCAUUGUCAGUCGUCGAGCUCAGUCUACUGUCAUCUGUGAACCUAUCUUCAAGCUGUUAAAAAAGGAUGCUGCGGUGAAAUGGACAAGCGAAUGUCAACAGGCAUUUGACAAGAUCAAAGACUAUCUAUCCAAUCCUCCUGUGUUGGUUCCACCAGAGUCAGGUGGACCAUUACUUUUGUAUAUUUCAGUAUUGGAUAAUGCUUUCAGUUGCAUCUUUGGACAACACGAUGAAACAGGGAGGAAGGAGCAGGCAAUAUAUUAUAUGAGCAAGAAGUUCACAUCGUGCGAAGCCCGAUACUCUCUAUUAGAACAUACCUGUUGUGCUCUAACAUGGGUUUCCCAAAAGUUACGACAUUACCUCUCAUCGCAUACUACUUAUCUGAUUUCAAGGAUGGAUCCUUUAAAGUAUAUCUUUCAAAAGCCCAUGCCCACAGGUAAACUGGCAAAAUGGCAAAUAUUGUUGAGCGAGUUUGACAUAGUGUAUGUCACGCAAAAAGCAGUGAAAGCACAGGCAUUAGCAGACCACAUGGCAGAGAAUCCGGUGGACGAUGAUUACAGGCCGUUGAAGACCUACUUCCCCGAUGAAGAGCUAGCCUUUGUGGGAGAGGACAUUUCUGAAGAAUAUGACGGAUGGAGAAUGUUCUUUGAUGGAGCUAAAAAUCUGAACGGAUCCGGCAUCGGGGCUGUUUUGAUCUCACCCACCGGGCAACAUUAUCCAGUAUCAGCAAAACUCAGAUUCCUUUGCUCAAACAAUAUGGCCGAAUACGAAACCUGCAUACUAGGUCUCCGACGGGUGAUUGACUUGGAUGUCCGGGAAAUGCUAAUAAUAGGGGAUUCAGACCUAUUGAUCCAUCAGGUUCGAGACGCCUUAGCCACUCUGUCUUCUACGAUUCGACCCCCUGAUCACAAUUACAUCGAUCCUAUUCACAUUCACAUACAUGAACAACCAGCUUAUUGUUUCCAUGUUGAGAAAGAGCCUGAUGGAAAGCCCUGGUACGAUGACAUUAGAGGAUAUUUGAAGAGUGGUGAAUACACAGAAGAUGCAACAAGUGUACAAAAGCGUACAAUUCGAAGGUUAGCAACCCAAUUCUUUUUAAGUGGGGAAAUCCUCUAUAGGAGAACUCCCGAUUUGGGGCUGCUAAGAUGCGUCAAAGCAAGAGAGGCUCGCAGGCUGGGCGAAGAGAUACAUGCAGGCACCUGUGGCCCUCACAUGAACGGGUUUACAUUAGCAAAGAAGAUUCUGAGAUCAGGAUAUUAUUGGCUAACCAUGGAGACAGACUGCAUUCGCUACGUCCAGAAAUGUCGUCAAUGUCAGACUCACGCAGAUAUGAUUCGAGUACCCCCCAACGAACUCCAUGUCACUAGUUCACCUUGGCCGUUCGCAGCAUGGGGCAUGGAUGUCAUUGGUCCAAUCGAGCCAACAGCAUCAAACGGGCACAGAUUCAUUCUUGUCACAAUUGACUAUUUCACCAAGUGGGUUGAGGCCACCUCCCAUAAAUCAGUGACAAAGAAAAUUGUGGAUGACUUUGUCAAAAAUAACAUUAUUUGUAGGUUUGGAAUUCCUGAGUCAGUCAUCACCGACAACGGCACCAACCUAAACAGUGGCCUAAUGAGAUCAAUGUGUGAGAAGUUCAAGAUCAGUCAUCAAAACUCUACAGCAUACAGGCCACAGAUGAACGGGGCUGUUGAGGCAGCAAACAAAAACAUCAAAAGGAUAUUGCGCAAGAUGAUCGAUAACCACAAACACUGGCAGGAAAAGCUACCUUUCGCAUUGCUGGGGUAUCGUACCACAAUCAGAACUUCCACAGGGGCCACACCUUACUUCUUAGUAUACGGCACUGAAGCUGUGAUACCCGCCGAAGUAGAGAUACCUUCCCUAAGGAUCAUCCAAGAAGCAAAGUUGAAUGAUGUUGACUGGAUACAAGGUCGGGCAGAGAAUUUGGCAUUAAUAGAUGGAAGAAAAAUUAACGCCAUUUGUCACGGUCAGCUCUAUCAGAAUAGAAUGGCCAAAGCUUUCAACAAGAAGGUUAAACCCAGACAUUUCUCACCUGGGCAACUGGUUUUGAAGCGGAUUUUCCCAAAUCAAGACGAGGCAAAGGGUAAAUUUUCACCAAAUUGGCAAGGUCCGUACAUAGUCUCUCGAGUACUGACAGGCGGGGCCCUCAUAUUUGCAGAAAUGGAUGGAGAAGUUUGGCCAAAACCUAUCAAUUCAAAUUCUGUGAAAAAGUAUUACAUCUAG